AUGGCGGCGACGGAGGAUAUUGACCGUGCUAAGAUCGAGUCUAUGAUACGUAACUUGAAAUUGUCUGGCCACAUUGGAUUUGACAGUCUGCCUAGUCAGUUAGUGAACAAGUCAGUGCAAAAUGGAUUUAUAUUCAACAUUCUCUGCAUUGGUGAAACUGGACUUGGAAAAUCUACACUUAUGGAUUCACUUUUUAACACAAGCUUUGAAUCUAGUCCCAGUCCCCAUAAUUUACCAUCUGUAAAGCUUAAGGCACAUACUUAUGAACUACAAGAAAGCAAUGUCAGAUUGAAGCUGACUAUUGUUGAUACUGUUGGUUAUGGUGAUCAAAUCAAUAAAGAAGACAGCUUCAAGGCGGUUGUCGAUUACAUAGAUGCACAAUUUGAGGCUUAUUUGCAAGAGGAGUUGAAAAUCAAACGCAAUCUAGCGACCUAUCAUGACACUCGCAUUCAUAUAUGUCUUUAUUUUAUAUGUCCUACUGGCCAUGGUUUAAAAUCCAUUGAUCUAGUAUGUAUGAAAAAACUGGAUACCAAAGUUAAUAUCAUUCCAAUUAUUGCUAAGGCAGAUACAAUAUCAAAGACUGAAUUACAGAAAUUUAAGAGCAAAAUAAUAUCUGAAUUGCAAAACAAUGGGAUACAUAUUUAUCAGUUUCCAACUGAUGAUGAAAGCGUAGCAGAUAUAAACGUCACCAUGAACACUCACGUACCUUUUGCUGUCGUUGGCAGUACCGAUUUCGUUCGCGUGGGUAACAAAAUGAUGCGUUCUCGUCAAUAUCCGUGGGGCACAGUUCAAGUCGAAAAUGAAUCUCAUUGUGACUUCGUAAAACUACGCGAGAUGCUGAUAAGUACUAACAUGGAAGACAUGCGCGAGAAAACACACUGCCGCCACUAUGAAUUGUAUCGGAAGAAAAGAUUGGAGCAGAUGGGUUUUACUGAUGUUGACAGUGACAACAAACCCGUAAGUUUUCAACAGACAUGCGAAGCAAAGAGAUCCAUUCACUUGCAAGAAUUGCAACAAAAAGAGGACGAGAUGCGACAGAUGUUUGUCGCACGAGUGAAAGAGAAAGAAACUGAAUUAAAAGAAGCAGAGAAAGAGCUCCAUAGUAAAUUCGAUAAGCUGAAGAAAGAUCAUACUGAAGAGAAGAAGAAAUUAGAGGAUAGUCGUAAAAAACUUGAGGACGAUAUAAUGGAAUUUAAUAGACGAAAAGCGCAGUUUGCACAGCAACCUCAACAUCACACGCUGACGUUAGGCAAAAGCAAAAAGAAGUAAAAUGCACUUUAUUAUGACGAUAUCUUUUUAUACCAUUUGAAUAUGACUGCAUUUUAAUUGCAUUAGCCAAUAAUAGUAUUAUUAUUUUAUUAAUAUACCUGUAUACUUGAUAUUAUAUUAUAUUAUUUUAUAGUACAUUUUUUUAUAAGUAUAUUCCGUAUAUAUUAAAUAUAUACCAAAAAUUUUUUUCUAGAAAUACGCUCCAAAUCGCAUAUGUUUCGUAUUAUAUAGAUAUAACUCUAAUGAAAGAUAAUGAUUAACCAAACAUUUUAAAAUUAAUUUGUAAUGAAUUUGAUUUUAUACGAAAUAUAUGUUUAAUAUACAAAUAAAAA